CCUCCACUGACUCCGUCUUCAUCGCUCCAUCUCACCGUCGUCCACCCCACUUUCCCCAGCAUGCUCGAUCACGUCUCCAUAUCCCAUCAGAGCGGCGUCAUCCUAUGGUCGCGCUCAUUUACCCCAACCUUCGCGGCGUUGGCCAUGACCCCGGCAUCGCCGGUGAACGCGCUCAUCCGCGAGGUCAUGAUUGAGGGCAAGGCACGCACCGAGGACGAAGGGUUUGAGAAAGAUGGCUACAGCAUUCGGUGGACGAUGGAGAACCGGCUCGGCCUUGUCUUCGUCGUUGUCUUCCCCGCGCUCCUGCCCUUGGCGUAUAUCCCCGCUCUGCUCCAGCGAACUAAGCAGCUCUUCCUUUCCUUGUUCCAGCCGUACCUCGAGUCGCUCGUCGACGCUCUUUCAGACCGUUCUGGGCCGCUUGCAGAAGGGUCGCGCUCGGCGCUGCGCAUCCUCGGACAACAGAUCGUCGAUCAACGUUGGGAUGCCAUCUUUGAUCGGUGUCUCAAAAAUCAAGAAGCCACUUCGGGGAGGAAGGGUGGCCGCAUCAUGCCGGCGCGCCAGGCGCAGCUCGCCAACACUGGCGACCAAACGCCGCAUUCGGGCGACGAGGCUCACGGUGCUGUUAGCGCCGAGGAGAUAGCCAAGAACGUACAGGCACUCAAAGGCCGCAUGAAAGGCAGGAAGGGGCGCGGCCGCGACGGCAUGACGCCGUCUCCCGUGCCCUCGCCGCGCAAGGCUUCAGGCGCCCAGGCCAAGCUGAUGCGCAAGUGGGGCGACACGCCAGUGUCAGACGCCGACAUGGCCGCGCUUGACUACUCGUCGCCUGCGCCAGAGAAUGUCACCGUCGACGUUGACGCCCUCGUCUCGCAGGACGCACUGGGCAAGCGCACCGCGACGGGCAAUUAUGAAGUUGCGGACUGGGACUUUGGCCGCGGCAAGAAGAGCGACUUGCCGUCCGAGGAGGAUAUUCUUGCUCGCCGCACGGAGAAGCUCACGAUUGCCGAUGACGAGGAGCCCGCCCCCGAGUCGGCAUGGACGAGCAUGCUCUCACGCCUGUCCGGCAAGAAGGCAAUUACCAAGGAGGACCUGCGCCCAGUGAUUGCCGAGAUGGAGAAGCAUCUCAUGUCCAAGAACGUUGCCAAGGAUAUCUCGGAGAAGCUGUGCGACGGUGUCGCAUCAUCGCUGGUCGGCAAGAAGCUUGGUGGGCUCUCAUCUGUCAAGUCCGAAGUGGAGAAGGCUCUGUCCGCGAGCAUGACGCGUAUUCUUACACCGAAGACAUCGACAGAUCUCCUCGUCGACAUUCAGCGCAAGCGCUCCCAGCCCGGCUCCCUGUCUGCCCCGGACGCCCCACCCGACCCGUACACACUGACGUUUGUUGGCGUUAAUGGCGUAGGCAAGUCGACAAACCUGUCCAAGGUGUGCUUCUGGCUCCUGCAGAACGGGCUGCGUGUGCUUAUUGCCGCUUGCGACACUUUCCGCUCCGGCGCAGUGGAGCAGCUGCGCGUGCAUGUGCGCAAUCUUGGUGCUCUUGGUGACGAGAUGGGCAUGGGUGUGGCGGGCGACGCGCCGGAUGGAUCGCGCCGCAUCGAGCUGUACGAGCGUGGUUACGGCAAGGACGCUGCGGGCAUCGCCAAGGAUGCCAUUGCUUAUGCCAAGGAGCACCGUUUCGACGUCGUGCUCAUCGACACAGCGGGGCGUAUGCAGGACAACGAGCCGCUCAUGCGCGCGCUUGCCAAGCUCGUGACUGUCAACAAUCCCGACAAGAUCAUCUUUGUGGGCGAGGCGCUCGUCGGCAACGAGGCUGUUGACCAGCUUACCAAGUUCGACCGUGCACUGAAGGACUUUUCCGGGGCUGGUGCGGGCGCAGCUCGCCGUCGUGGUAUCGAUGGCAUUCUGCUUACCAAGUUUGACACCAUCGACGACAAGGUCGGCGCUGCGCUCUCGAUGACAUACGUUACUGGCCAGCCGAUCCUUUUCGUCGGCUGCGGCCAGACUUACACGGAUCUGCGGCACCUUCGCGUCAACCACAUUGUGCAGGCGCUUUUGAGCGCCUAGUUGUACUAUCUGCAUUCUUCGGUUAUCCAGUCCUACAGGCCCG